GCAGAGCUUCCUAGACUAGUGCAAUAUCCUUCGAAGCGCGCGACAGGCCUGUUACUCGCAUCCACCGAUGAGGAGCACCUACGACUCCUCUUGUAAUUAUACCCUGAAGCGUUACAACAGCGAUUGAAGGACGUUCUUGACGACCACAAGAUAGCAGAAAGGUACCCUACUGGACUGAUAACCGAAGGUAAUUCAAAGAAGACUGUGAGCAUGCUUGAAGGCAGAAGCCCAGUCCUGGGUUCGGCGAGCUCACCACCGUUAACCUACGAAUCCAGACCAAGAUGACAGCAGAGCCUAGGAAUCUUUCUGGUGGGGCGGGAUGGUCGAAUGGGGACAUCUUCCAGUUGAUAGCUCUACUCAUAGGCAUUCCGGCAGCCAUAGUAGCGGUCAUCAUGCUGGCGAUGUAUUACAGGCGAAGAAGUCUGGGAAGGAGAGACCGCGUUCUUGGAGAAGCAGCCGGUAAUAGGGAUACGAAUCUGUUUGAAGAUGCGGUCCAUAUCCCUGGCUCGACGAUGGGUGUUGCAACAAUAGCAUGCCCUCGACGAAUAUGGCAUUCAACUGUACGGCAAGGACGUAUGACAUGGCCAUUGACCAGGUCGCUGCAGACGAAGGCGCGAUGUGUUCCGGCCGAGGCAUUGGGAGGUUUUUUGACUGCACAGACUUCGACGUCAGACAUUCCGCUUGCUAGGAGGGAGACUGGGUCUCAGCAAAAAGGAACAGAGUUUCGUGACGAGGUCGAUGCUUAUGUCGAGCAAGAGCGGCGAGACUGGCUUGAGGAACUAGUAUGAUGGAAGAUGGUUGCUCUGAAUAAAUCUCAAGUGCUAUCAUUGCCGGGAGACGGCGUGAAGAG